UCAGGUGAGGCGAGACGCAUCUCAAACGAGCCUAAUUUUAUCUUUGGUAAAAUCAUUCUGCUGUCGGAAGUUUCUGCGUUCGGUCGUAGACGAAGGAACAAUGUAUUAGCGAAAUUCACACAUGGCUUUUCAACUAUGGGCACGGCUUUGUGUUUUUCUUCUUUAUGGGGCUUUGUCUUCAGUUCAAGCAGAGAAACACUCGCUGUAUUACAUUUACACAGGCUUGUCUAAACCUGUGGAUCUGCCGGGCAUCUAUGAAUUCAGUGCUAUGGGUCUGCUGGACGACACACAGAUCGACUAUUACAAUAGUGAAGAAAAGAGAAAGAUUCCCAAACAACAGUGGAUGAAAGAGAACAUUUCGGAGGAUUACUGGGAAAUAGGCACUAAGUCCAGAAAGAGUAAAGAACAGUGGUUUAAUGUGAAUAUCAUAAAUCUGAUGAAGCGCAUGAGAGACGAUGAUUCAGAUGUUCAUGUUCUUCAGUGGAGAGUCGGUUGUGAAGUUGAGCAGCAGGGAGAUGAAGUGAAGUUUUCCAAAGGCAUUUCUGAGUACGGCUAUGAUGGAGAAAACUUCUUGUCUUUUGAUAAUAGAGAGUCUCAAUGGGUCACUUCAGCUAAAGCAGCUCUACCAACCAAGAGAAAAUGGGACAGUAUUCACAUCCUAAACCAAUACACCAAAGGAUACCUGGAGAAAGAGUGUGUGGACUGGCUCAACAAAUUCAGAAAAUAUGGAGACAGCUCUCCUCCAGAUGUUUAUGUGUUUGCAAAAAAGUCUAUCAGGGACAAAAGCAAGCUGAAACUCACCUGUAUGGUCACUGGCUUCUACCCCAAAGACGUGAUGUUGACUAUGAGGAAAUAUCGCAUAUCUCUGCCUGAAUGUGAGAUUGAAUCUACAAGAAUCAGACCAAACCAUGAUGGAUCCUUCCAGAUGAAGAAGAGUGUGGUGAUCAAGGAGGAUGAAAAAGCAGAUUAUGAUUGUUUUGUGACCUACAAGAGCAUCAAAGAACCAAUUAUCGUCAAAUGGGAUGGAAAUUGCAAGGACUGCCAGCUAGAGACUGUCUCAGGUUUGAUCGGAGGUUUGCUUGGGCUAAUAGUUUUUGUUGCUUUAGUGUUUUUCACCUUAAAGAAGAAAAGCUACUCAAUAAUUGGACGAGAGAGCGCUGGUAAAACAGCCAGCAGUGCGACUGGCUUUCAGGAGGAUUUCAAUACAAUGAUCCCUGCAGAGAAUAUGGUAUCUGUUCCAGGGGAGCUUCUGCAGAUCCUGGAUGAACUGGACAGUGGCAAUCUAAAGAAGUUCAAGUGGCAUUUGAAACAAUAUGGGCAAAUUCCAUCCUCUCUCAUUGAGAAUGCAGAUAACGCUGGUGUAGUGGAAAAGAUGCUGCAGAUGUUUGGACCAAACGAAUCUUUGAAGCUCACAGUGAAGCUCCUGAAGAUGAUGAACCAAAACCAUCUGGCUGAACACUUAGAAAUAAAAAAAUAGAGGACAGUUUUUGGUUUGCUCUUUGCAUGUAUUUUGAGUAUUAUGUUAUGUUGCAUCAGAAAUUGCAUCAAAAUCCUUAUUUUUGAGGGUUUUAACAGUAUAGUCCUCUGUUUUACUCUAGAGACCAAUAAUCUCUCUGUCAUAGAUCCCUGCAGAGAAGAGCAGACUAUAUAAAGACUCUGGGUUUUCAUUUGGGUUAGCAUUCUCUUUGGGAUUGCUCUUGACCAGAAUGUGACAUCUCACUGAUUUUCUUUUUUAUUAAUUUCUUAAAUCAUGUAGCGUUAAGGUUUUGUUAGUUAUUUUUGCUUGUUAUUCCCUUUGUUUCUUUAUUUUUCCCUAGACUUAUGUUUAUUUGU